GUGGCCCUCAUCCCGCGGGGUAACUGCACCUACAAGGACAAGAUCCGCCACGCCGCCGCCCAGAACGCCUCCGCCGUGGUCAUCUACAACGUGGGUUCCAGCAACGCCAACGAGACCAUCACCAUGCCCCACGCAGGCCUAGAAGAUGUUGUAGCAAUAAUGAUUCCUGAACCCAAAGGAAAAGAGAUAGUGAGCCUCCUGGAGAGGAACAUUACUGUGAUGAUGUACAUAACUAUCGGGACACGCAACUUGCAGAAGUACGUCAGCCGGACCUCUGUGGUAUUCGUCUCCAUCUCCUUCAUUGUGCUGAUGAUCAUCUCGCUGGCAUGGCUGGUCUUCUAUUACAUCCAGCGAUUCCGCUACGCAAAUGCCAGAGACAGAAAUCAGCGCCGACUUGGAGAUGCUGCAAAGAAAGCAAUCAGCAAGCUACAAGUCAGAACAAUCAGGAAAGGUGAUAAGGAAACUGAGCCAGACUUUGAUAACUGUGCUGUUUGUAUUGAAGGCUACAAGCCCAAUGAUGUUGUCAGAAUUUUGCCUUGCAGGUAA